GCUGGGCCUUCAGUCAAGCAUCGGUUAAGCAACAGUCCUCUAUGUUUGCUUACUACAGGAUUCAACUUCCGUGAACAACCGACGCGAGGGUUCGUAGUAUAUCAGGAAAAUUGCGAGCGAGUGGCCAUGAUAGACCAUGUAUUGGGUAGGCCAUCGGUCAAGUUCCGGAAAAUCCAGGUUUUGGCAGUGGUAUCUUUCUGGUCAUUCUACCUUUACAGAGGAGACCGGCAUGGUCCGCCCUUCAUUCGCCGACUCUCCUCGCUCCUCUCGACCAGACUGACUACUUGGCAGACGGUUUUGAUCAGUCUCCUGUACCUCUACCUCGCGCGCAACUUCGGAAAACUGCUAUCUCUCGAGUGCCCCGAACCCCUCGCCAAUCUGUACUCACGCUCCUAUUUCCGUGCGACAUGGGUUACCACCGCACUAGAUGCUGGCUUCUGGUCUGCCAUGCGCAUCAAGCGCAAAGGCCUGCGGGACUUCCUGUCUAUGGUCUUUAGUGUCUACUACAUGAUUUGCGCAGAGCAGGCAGAUGAAAAGGUCAGGAAAGUCAGAGCGACACUCACCGUCGAACACUUGCGAGUCAGCUGGAACAAAGGGACUACUCCAUAUCUUUCCGCUCUGACCAAUGUCAUGCGGCCCAGAUUGAUGUGGUAUCCGCCGAGGAAGAUACGCAUACCGCGGCCCAAGGAGAGCAGUUAUACCGAUCCCGUCAUUGCAUGGUUAUACUACAAUGGACCCCUCUCCGCUCUGAAGCGAGAAGAGAAGGUCGUGCUGGAUAUUCCUGGAGGAGGCUUCGUGGCCAUGACCCCGAGGCAUCACGACGACAAACUGCUGAGCUGGGCAGGGAAAACGGGGCUGCCAGUGUUGAGUCUGGACUACCGGAAAGCACCGGAAUGGCCAUACCCGUACGCGUUGAAUGAGUGCUAUGAUGUUUAUCACACCAUUGUCUCAACCAAAGGGAGAUGUAUGGGACUAUCAGGCGAACAUUUGCCCAGAAUUGUGGUAAGCGGAGACUCCGCUGGAGGCAAUCUGGCGGUCGGUAUGGUCCUCAUGAUCAUUCAAGCCGCAUCGACCGAAACACGGAGAUGGCAGGGCGAGGAACCAUUACCAGCGCCCACGGGCGUCGUCCUUAUCUAUCCGGCCCUGGAUAUGAACAUUGGCAACUGGAUGACUGAUGAGCAAAUGGCACUGAUCCGCGAUCGCAAGAGCCGGAAACAGAACAAGCCUAUCCUCCGCCACAAGAGCGAUGACUAUCGUCAUCUAGCACCUAACACGCCCGGUGCUUCUGACCACUCCGACAGCGAGGAUGAAUCUCAGAACCCAGCUAAACCUGUCAUGGGCCCCGACUCUGGUGCACCAACCCCAACCAGCGAGAAAGUGCUCAGCUCUCCGCGCACUGCCAUCCGAUUAUCUGCCGCUCACACUGGUCAAAAUAUCACAAACCCAGUGGUACAAACACCAGAUGUCUUGACUCCCCAGGUCAAUCCUCAACCUCCACCUACCCCUGCAGCACCGCCAACACAAAUCAAAACUCGUCUUGCCAUGUCCUCCAUGAUUUCUUACUUCAAUGACCGAAUCUUGACGCCCGAGAUGAUGCGUGCGAUGAUCAUCCUCUAUAUCGGACCCCACAACCGCCCCGAUUUUUCCACCGACUUCCUUCUAUCCCCUUUGCUGGCACCCGAAUCGUUACUAGCCAAAUUCCCACGUCUAUGGAUGAUUACCGGUGAACGCGAUCCUCUUGUAGACGACACUGUCAUCUUUGCGGGUCGCUUGCGGCAAGCGAAACGCGCCGAAUGGUUGUACGCCCAAGAAAUGGGUCUUCCGUGGGCGCGCGGAGAUUGGCGAGAAGACCAGUGGCUCAAUGUGGAACUCAUCCCGGGAAUUAGCCACGGGUUCUUGCAGUUUGUGAGCUUGUUCCCUGAAGGGUGGAAAUUCAUCACUCGAUGUGGAAAGUGGAUCCAGGAAGCUUUCGAGCUCGACGACGAUGAAAAAGCGAGACAAGGCCAGCCGGUUCCGGAGACACCAUUGAUAGGCGACCCCAGCGCGAAGAAGCGGCGAGGGAGCGACUAUUUCGGUCCCGAUGCUACACUGGGUCUCGCAGAGGCUGUGGACAGCUUGUCCCGUUCUGCUCGCUCGUCGCGUCACCACUACCGUUCCAAUACGGCCUCGUCAGCGGAGGAAGACAGGCCGUUGGAGAUGUCUGUUUUCAAAGGAAAAGGCAAAGCAAGCCCCCCGAGUGCCCAAGUCGCAAAGGAGUCGCACCCUCGAUUGAACGGCUCCAGUUCGAUGCGCGCAAGGGGAAGGGGAAAACGAGAGAAGGAAAGAGGCAGGCGGAGGAGCCUGGUGAGUCUGGCGAGCGAGGACGAUUUGCUGGGUCGGAGAAUGAAGGGGCUUACAAGCGGUUUACAUGGCGGCGAGCCGGAAGAGCUGUAG